AUGCAGAUUGAGGUGCUAAGUUGCAUGAGACAUCCAAACAUGGUUCUUCUUGUUGGAGCUUGCCCUGAGUACGGAUGCCUUGUAUAUAAAUACAUGGAAAAUGACAGCUUAGAAGACCGGCUAUUCCAUAGAAACAACACUCCCGCAAUCUCAUGGAGAACCCGUUUCAAAAUAGCUUUUGAAAUUGCUAUUGCCCUUAAUUUUUUUCACCAAACAAAACCCAAGCCUCUAGUGCAUAGCGAUCUCAAACCUGCCAACAUUUUCUUAGACCGAAACUAUAUGAGCAAGAUCAGUGAUGUUGGCUUAGCCAGGCUGGUUCCACCAUUCGUGGCUGAUGGGGUAACUCAAUAUCACAUGAUAGCAGUAGCUGGGUCAUUCUGUUACAUUGACCUGGAGUAUCAACAAAUAGGGAUGCUAGGCACAAAAUUUGACAUAUAUUCGCUUAGUGUAAUCUUAUUGCAAAUUCUUACAGCAAAACCUAACAUUGGUCUAACAUACCACAUGGAGAGGGCAAUCCAGAAAGGAACAUUUUCAGAGAUGCUUGAUCCAACAGUGAAUGAUUGGCCUGUUGAGGAGGCCUUGUCAUUUGCAAAACUAGCUUUACAGUGUUGUGAGUUGAGGAGGAAGGACCGGCCUGACCUUGGUUUGGUCAUAUUGUCCGAGUUGAAUAGAAUAAGGGAUCUUGGAUCAGACAAUAAAGACACAGGUGGAAUAAUAUAUGGAGAAAGUCCACCAAAUUCAG